CUAUGCCUAUGUAUGCCUAUUUGCCUAUUGCCUCAAUUAGGCAGUCACUAGGAACAUUAGGAAUCAAAGUGAAAUGAAAGUGAAUGAAAUGAAAGUUAAAAUGGUCGUUAUAUAUAUCUUUAUUAUGGUUUUGUGAGAAUGGUGAUAUUAUUAACGUAUUAAUGAUAGGUAGGUAUAAGACAAUCUCAAGCUUGUUGUUGAAAUUGGGUAUUUAUACCUCGGCUCUGGUUGGUUUCUUCACCUUGCUGCCUUUAAAGAAUGUCACUUUCACCGAAUACAGUGUCACGCCUCAAAGACCUUUGACAGGAGCAUUAGCAAUAAAUGAAAAGUUAUCAGGCAUAUCAAAACUUUUUGAAGAUCAAAUCGUAGGACCCGAAGGCCUGUUGUAUCAUAAUAAUACUUUAUAUACAACAUUACAUUAUGGCCAUGUUGUUAAAAUUGUUGAUAAUAAAAUAGUUCCUGUGAAAUUUGGAAAAGUCUGUGAUGGAUUAUACGAUGAACAUAUUUGUGGACGUCCACUUGGCUUAAGUAUGGAUAAAACAGGAUUUUUAUAUGUAGCUGAUGCGUAUUAUGGUAUUUUUAAAGUGAAUUUAAAUCCAGAUCAGUAUGGUAAAAAAGAGCAAUUAGUUUCAUUGGAUGAUGUUAUUGACGGUGUACAUCCUAAAUUACCAAAUUCAGUUGCAAUAGCUUCUGAUGGUACACUGUACUGGACAGACUCUGAUACAAACUAUAAACUACACGAUGGACUUUAUACAUUAUUUGUCGAUGGAACUGGAAGAUUAUUAAAAUAUGAUCCAAAAACUAAAAGAAAUACAGUGUUAAUGAACAAUAUUCAAUUUGCUAAUGGUGUGGAAUUAUCAGAUGAUGAAUCAUUCCUAUUGGUGUCCGAAACUUCAAAAUAUCGUGUACAAAAGUAUUAUUUGAAAGGACCCAAAACAGGGAAAAGUGAAAUAUUUAUCGAUGGUUUGCCAGGAAUGCCAGAUAAUAUUAAAAGAAAUGGUAGAGGGUCAUUUUAUAUUCCAUUAGUCAUACCAAGAAUUCCAAUUUUUGAAAAUAUCGGCGAAUAUCCAACUAUUAGAAUGAUGAUUACCAAAUCUUUAGGAAUAAUUGAUUUUACAUUGCUAAAAAUCAAUUCAUUAUUUCCCAAUUUAUAUUGCAAAAAAGCUAUGCGUUGGAUUGGACAUUUUGAAUCAAUUUCAUUUAUCAAAUCAAUAGUCAAACAACGACUUUCUAUUCUAAAAGUUGAUGAAAAUGGCAAAGUAUUAUCAAGUUACCAUUCUACAGACGGAAAGGUAACUGGAAUAUGUGAUGUUGAAGUGAUCGAUGAUAAAUUAUAUUUGGGCUCACCAUUCAACAACUUUUUAGGAGUUAUUAAACUGCCACAAGGAUUUUUAUAACUUAUAAGUUAUAAUUGUUUUGUUUUUUUUUUUUUUAUAUAUAUAUUUUGCAUAGUAAUGCUCAGUUAUUUUGAAACUUAAUAACUCUAAUUUGUACAAUUUUUAGUUUAUAAGCUUAGAUUAUGUUACGAUUGAAUGCAUUACACACAGUGAUUAUUUAUAUUUAUCUUAUAUUAUACCAGCUGAUUCCGUGCUAAUCGUUGCCCAUUAAAAACGACAACUUUAUAUGAAUAUGUUUUAAACCAAUGGCCACCAAUAAUUAUUAUUAUAAUAGCUUUAAAAACCAUGACAACCAUUUAUAAUCAAAAAUUUCCAUUGGAAAUCUCAAAAUCCUUGUUUGAGGACCUCCCGGUGUUGGUCCUCUCUCUUUUUUAAUUAGCCUAUAUUCUGCACAGAAGUGUAAUAUAUAUAGCUGAUCCCGUGUACUUCGUUUCCCAUUAAAAAUGCCAACUUUAUAUGAAUAAUAUGUUUUACAUAUUACAUUGCAACCACUUAUAUACAAAAAUUCCAUCGGAAAUCUCAAAAUUAUAUAUAAAUGGUUUGCCAUGGUAAUAUGGACACACAGACAGACAGACAUACAUUCGUUUAUAUAUAUAUAUAUAUAUAUAAAGAUUAUUUAUUUUUAUAUUCAUACCAGAAAAAUAUCUAUAUUUUGUAAAAGUUACUAUUUGUAUAAAAGACAAAUUUGAAUGUUCUAUGUUACCUAUAUAUAUAAAUAUUUUAUUGUGAUGUUAAAUUCUACUCAAAUUAAACUAUUUUUUUAUCCGGAUUAUAUAAUAAGAACUUGUAUAAUAUAUUAAUAUUCCAUAAAAAUAACUUUUUCUGUGUUCUGAUUAAUAUAAUUCACAGUCAUAAUAAAUAGUUACUUAAUUCAUUAUUUAUUAUUAUUAAUAAACUAUCCUUUAAAUUGUAUAAGAAA